ACAAUAGCCAUUACUAGCAAGACCUCCGUGUGUGUGUGUGCGUGACUUCCCUCUACAUCCUCGAGUUCCCCUCAGCCAAGAUCCAGCCAUGUCUGAUGUAGAAGAGGAAUAUGAGGAGCAGGCAGAGGAGGAGGCAGAGGAACCAGAACCUGAAGAGGAGCCAGAGCAGCAGGAAGAAGAUGGAGGUGAACAACAAGAAGACGCAGAAUAUCAAGAUCAGGGGACUCAGGAGGAAGAGGAAGAGAGGCCAAGACCCAAGCCCAUGGUGCCCCAGCUGGCCCCUCCGAAGAUUCCUGAGGGGGAGCGAGUGGACUUUGAUGAUAUCCAUAGAAAAAGAAUGGAGAAAGACCUGUUGGAGCUCCAGACUCUGAUUGAUGUCCACUUUGAACAACGGAAGAAAGAGGAAGAAGAGCUCAUUGGACUUAAGGAGCGGAUUGAGCGGCGGCGCUUUGAGCGGGCUGAACAGCAACGUGUCAGAGCAGAGAAGGAGAGGGACCGGCAGACCAGGAUUGCGGAGGAACGCCAGAGAAAGGAGGAUGAGGAGGCCAGGAAGAGAGCAGAUGAUGAGGCAAAAAAGAAGAAAGUGCUGUCCAACAUGGGGGCUAAUUUUGGUGGUUUCCUUGCAAAGGCAGAACAGAAGAGAGGAAAACGGCUGACAGGAAGAGAAGUUAAAAGAAAGACUCUAUCUGAGAGGCGCAAACCUCUGUCUCUUGACAACUUGAGGGAGGAUGCCCUGAAGCAGCGUGCACAAGAGAUGUGGAACUGGAUCCACGAGCUGGAGUCAGAGAAGUUUGACUACAUGGAUCAAAUGAAGAUGCAGAAAUAUGAGAUUAUCGUCCUCCUCAACAGAAUUUCUCAUGCUCAGAAGUUUAAAAAGGGUCAUGGCAAUAAAGGCAAAGUUGGCGGGCGCUGGAAAUGAGGCCUGUCUGCCAGUGGAAAAAGUGGAGGUCCGGGUUAACAUGGAAAGGGCUGUAUAUUUCGGGCUUUUCCCUUUCCCUUCUCUCUCUGUGUUAUCAAAACUGUGUUGAAAUGAUUAAAUAAAUCAUAAGCUAUCUAA